ACAAAACGUUCUGCCUUCAAAACACAAGCUACCAAUAUGUCGCUUUACAAACCGGUACUGAAUCUACCAAAUAAGUAGGUUAACAAGACAAUAAUUAUUUCUCGACGCUAAGUUGAAAAAUCGGACCGAACAUAGAUUAUACUAUAGCUGUAACUCGAUGUUUUAUCACUCAAAACAAAAUAUUCCACAGACGUCCACGAGUGAGUGUUUUAUUUUGGAAAUGGCGGCCGGGGAAACGAUGUGUGACUGUGAAACUUGACCCUGAUCAGAGGGCAAGGGAACAGUACCACAUACAGUACUGUAACUGUAAAACAUUUCGGGCCCGGUUUGCCACCACAAACUAGGAAUGGCUGUCUGGUAAUGUGGACCGUGGGCUGUGGAAGCCAUCGAUGCCGCUGUCGUCCCGCCGUGCCUUUGUGAGUUCUGACGGGCCGAGACCCACCACCAUGGCCUCAGCGUUACCUCGCUGCACAUCUGUCAGACUCCCCGCUGUGGCCACCGUCUUCUUGGUCCUGAUGUCGGUGACUACUGUACGGUCCUCUCAAGGCGACAAGGAGCCGGUUUACCGAGACUGUGUGAAGCAAUGUGUCCGGACCAACUGCACCGGAGCUCGGCUACGUGGCUUUCAGUCUGCCCAGCCGCAGUACAUGGCGCUGACAGGUUGGACAUGUCGUGAUGACUGUCGCUAUCAAUGCAUGUGGACCACCGUGGGGCUUUACCAGGCCGAGGGGUACAGGGUCCCACAGUUCCACGGCAAGUGGCCAUUUGCGCGCUUCCUGUGUUUUGAGGAGCCAGCUUCUGCUCUGGCCUCUCUGCUUAACGGCCUGGCUUGCCUUCUCAUGCUGCUGCGCUAUCGGAGCACGGUGCCACGCCAGAGCCCCAUGUACCACACCAUCAACGCCUUCUCUCUGGUAUCUCUUAAUGCCUGGUUCUGGUCUACAGUGUUUCACACCCGGGACACCUAUCUCACUGAGAAAAUGGACUAUUUCUGUGCAACAGCAGUCAUUCUUUACUCAAUCUACCUAUGCUGUGUCAGAACACUGGGUCUGAGGCGACCUGGGGUGUCCAGCAUGGUGGGAGUCCUGCUCAUCUUGGCCUUUACCUCGCAUGUGUCCUACUUGACCUUUGUCAGUUUCGACUACGGCUACAACAUGGCUGCUAACGCCACCAUCGGCAUGGUGAACCUCCUGUGGUGGCUGUGUUGGUGCUGGCAGAACCGGCGGACCCUGCCAUACUGGUGGAAGUGCGGCCUGGUGGUGCUGUUGCUUCAUGGUCUGGCCCUGCUGGAGCUGCUGGACUUCCCCCCAAUGCUCUGGAUCCUAGAUGCUCAUGCUGUGUGGCACCUCAGCACCAUACCAGUGCACUUCCUUUUCUAUAGCUUCCUGAUAGACGACAGCCUCUACCUAUUAAACACAGAGAAGAUGGGUGUCAAAGUCGAGUAGGAGGAGCUCAUCGCCUCUUCACCACGCCUGCACCCUCCCACCUCUCCAGUCAGGGCAGCCAGACACCCGAACAUGGAAGUAGCUCAGCCUCCCAGAUGACAUGCAUGACACCACUAUGACUUCCAUCAAAGUAGACUUUGUUUACAUUUUUCUUGUUUAAAUGUUUUUUUGUAUUUAUUUGGGGGUAAUUUCUCUCUUCUGUAGAAUUAUCACGAUUGAUGCUUACUCUACUUAACUUUGCCUUGUACUCACAUGUGCUCUACGGUUCUUUUGCCAUUUGUCAUAACUGCAGAACAUGAUGACUGAAAAGGUUUUGUCUUCUACCACAACUGACCCAGUUUUUUUGACUUCCAGCUGAGAUGCGUAUCCUGUUUCUUUCGACUCUCGGGUGCUUCUGAAAUUGAUCCCCUGAACCCCUAAUUUGAUUUCACUCGAGUUCAAUGUCACCAGCCUCUUUAAGUUCAACACACUUGGCUCUGCACAAAUGGCAGUUUGCUGUGGCUGACAAUAGAUGGCACCAAAUCUCUUGCCAGGCCAUCAUAACCUACUCUGUUCGGUACAGCAAGUCAGGCUUCAUCUGUGCCAAAAGUGGACUGCCGGACACAGAGAGGUGCCCCUUUUUUUGGGGGGAGGGGAUUGUUCUAGAAAGAGGGGAAAGGGGGUUUAUGUUUGGAGGCCAUUCUAGCUGACUGUGUUUUUUUUUCUCACCAUCACACCUUUAUUUUUGUGCCUGUGUUGUUUCCACUGCUGCUUUUGUUUCCUGUACUCUUCAUUUGCAUUUUCAUUUAGAAUUUUCCUUUUCAUCAGCUGCCUUAUUUGUUUUAAUUGUGUUGUUUUUGACCAAUUUGUGCUUUAUUCUGUUUUACUUGGAUUCCUUGAUUUUGAAUUUGGGUGGGAUAUGCCUGAUGAGCUUAAAAUGGAAAUAUUAUUUUUAUUCACCUGGAUUGCCUUUUAGUGUGAGGAAAAGGAGAAAAUGAUUGAAGUAGGAAAAAUAAGCUGCAACAUGAAGCUGCAGUCAGUGGGGCUUUUUAAUUUAUUUUUAAUAAAUUCUGGGGUUAGGUGGUGUGUGUGAGUGUUUAGGUGUUUGUUUGACUCCCAUUAUUUGGAUCUGGUUGCAUUUCUUGCCGUAAUAUUCCCCAGAAUGGCACACACACACACACACACACACACACAACCAGCUGCUUUACGGAUAACUGCCCCAUCAUGUAAAAUACUCAAUUUCCCCCCAUGUCUGCCUUACACACCGUAUUGUCAAUAAGCAUGUUUCUUCUUUGUAUCACUUUUUAAAAAAAAAAAAAACCCACAUCUUUUCUUCCUUGCAGAGUUGGCACCAAAACUUUUGAAUUCAUACCAUGUAUGUCUUCACCCCUCACAGUUUCCCUUCCAUGCGUGCACUUUACGGGUGUGUGUAGAUUUACAUGCAUUUUGUUUGAAAUUCUGCCCACACCUUUGUAUUUCUGUGUAAGAAUGCGAAUAAUGACCAGUACGUGAGUACACGUUGCCUUGAGUUGACAUUGUGUUGUUUUUGCCAUCAUAAACUGAAUCACUCUGUGUGUGUGUGUGUGCGAGAGAGAGAGAGAGAGAGAGAGAGAGCGAGAGCUAGACUGUGCUAAAUCCUUUUGUAAAAUGACUGGUAUGUGUGUGUGUGUGUGUGUUGGAGGUUUGCUGCAUGAAUGUGUGUGAGACGAUGGGUAAAUUUAGCUUUGCUGACAGCCUGUGAUGGGGGUGGGGAAAGACAGAGGAUGAAAGACAUGAAGAGGUUGUCAUAGGUUUGGGUGACAAAAAGAUUCCUGAAAUCAUGGCAGAGAUACUCUCCUUAUGUGAUAAGAAACAUUAUAUAGUUUAUUUUCUAAUUAUUAUUGGCCAAAAUUGUUAAAAUUCUCAGAUGUAUCAAUGUUUAUUAACCACUGAUGUUCAUGAAAUGGUGCCUGGGGCCAAUCAUGACAAUAUACUUCUAAAAAGCUAAAACAAGAACUGCUCAUUUGAACAAAAUCUAAUUUCAAUUUAUCACAAAAUUUCAGCCUAUUCAAAACUAAAAGUACUUUGUCUACUGAUAAGAAACUUACUUGAUCAUUUCAUUGGUAUCUGUUUUACUAAGUUUAAGAUUACCUGAGGAUUUGGCAUAAAAACUAACUCUAGUCUUUGCUCUGUAAAUCAUUUUAUUGUUCACUCCCUUCUUCCUUACCAAUAACCACAUCCCUCCUCUUCCCUCAUUCAUCUGCUGCCCCCUGCCUGCUGCCCUGUGCACCAUCACCUCUCCUACUGAGUGCACUUUCCUCCACCUCACAUCAAAUAUUUGACCAAAAAAAAAAAAAUGAACGAAAUGGAACAAAUAAAAGUGUUCUUUGUGGAUAAGGAA